UCUCUUUCCGGGUUUUUAUUCGCAGGAAAGCCGUUUGUUGCAAAACAGAAGGAGAAGACACAGUUUGAGAAGGAUGCGGAUGUGAUCCUGGAGCCAGAGUUGGAGGAAGCUCUCAAAAAUGCCACCGACGCAGAGAUGUGUGACAUAGCUGGUAAGAAGGGGCAGUGUGGCAGUACCAGGCGAGAGAGAGAGAGAGAGAGAGAGACAGACACAGCACACGCCGCACAGGACAAAUCUUCAAACCAUAAAUCUAUGGAAUUCUGUUCCACCCACCUACCCCCCCAGAAGGAAGGGGAGUGGGGUGGGGGGGUGGGCUUACUCAAUGAAUGUCCUGGAGGCUGGAGUUUGGGAGGCCAAGGGAAGUUGACUGGCCAAAGCGAUGGGUCCAUCGAUGGUGACUCCGCGCCGCGCGAUCUCACCUCGGUUCUCGAUGGCGGUGGACCGCUCAGCCCUUCCAGCUGGUACCGUGUUCCCUCAGGUGUAGUGAAGCCAGAUAGCUACGAAUACAAACCCUACCCUGACGAGCCCCCCAACGCGACCAAUGUGGAAGAGACCUUGAGGAAGAUCAGAGACAACGACCGAGAUCUGGUGGAGGUCAACCUGAACAACAUUAAGGACAUUGCCAUUCCCACACUGAAGGAGUUUGCGGAGGCCAUGAAGCAGAAUACUCACGUGAAGAAGCUGUCAAUGGUGUCGACCCGUAGCAAUGACCCUGUGGCCUACGCUCUCGCUGAAAUGCUGAAGGAGAACUCAACGCUGACUAGCCUUAAUAUUGAGUCCAACUUCAUUAGCGGCGCUGCGAUGGUGGCUAUUGUAAAAGCGAUGAAAGAGAACACGACCUUAUUGGAGCUGAAAAUCGACAAUCAGGCAAGUGCCCAAACGACCCCUGAGCUCCGAAACUCCGGUAGACAUCACCCUGGAGUCUCGGGGAAAAGGAGGUUGGUGACAGAGCAGAUGCGUUGGCCGCUUGGUAGAGUCGUUGUGACUGGUAACGGGCAAAUAGAACCACCCCCCCACCCCCGGCUCUUGAAGAAUGGAGGGGAGGCUUGGAGAAGGUCUCGCUUAACGUUGAGCCCAUCUUAUAAGAGGUCACGACUCAAUCAGGAAGAGUUGGCACAGUUUCGGGUGAGGGAAAUACAGUCUUAGUCGGUACUUUGGACUCUAUUGAAGGGAUACUGCCCACUCUAGGCAAAAGGGGAGACCCCGUAGAUGGACUUGGGUUUCUAGAUGUCCCAUGUCAACAUUUGUUGGCACCAUGUGAGAGCUCGAGGCAGCAGGGGCCAGUGUAGGAGCGUGGACUGAAGACUGGCUGGGUAAAGGAAAACAGAGAGUGUGUCGUUUAUAGAAUGUCAGGAUGUUACAAGUGGGUUCUGGGCUGUACCCUAUGCUUUUUAUUGCGACUUACAUCAGUGACGUAGAGGAGAGGAUUGAAGAGACAUUGAUGUAUACACAUUGAAGACCGCGAGAUAGGUAGGAAGGUAUAAAAAGAACAGGGAGGUUGAAGAUGGAUAUAGACAGGUUGGAAUGAGCGGGCACAAAUUUUGUAGAUAACACACUCUCCCUGGGUACGGGCUCCCACACACACACUGACUCUCACUGGGGUACAGGGUCCCACACACACACACUGACUC